AUGCCUACGACUAGUAGUAUCGACGAUGACACCACUCCACUCAUCUCGGAUCGAAGAGACAAUGAAAACAUAGGCCAGCCUUACUCGACGUUUCUUAGCAAAAGUCCUCUACUAUCGGAAACAGAGCAAAGUCCCUUAUCCGGUGACGAAAGCUCAGUCGAUGAUGCAAGCACAAAGUCCGCUGGCGGAGGGUGCAUGGGCAGUGUAACCAAUCCGUUUCCUAACACCUCACUAGGUGAAUUCAUAUCCAAUGCCGAUUCUACGAUCGUCAUGGCGACGGCCGGUCCCAUCUCAUCUGAAUUCAACAAAUUGCAGGAUGCAAGCUGGCUGGCAACGGCCUUUGCAUUGGGCGUCGGCUCUGUACAAUUAAUUUAUGGCAAACUCAGCAUCAUAUAUGGCCGCAAACCAAUUCUGUUAGUUGCGUAUUUUCUCCUCGCACUAGGAUGCGUUAUCUGUGGUAUCUCACCCUCUAUGUCUACUGUCAUUCUCGGACGGGUUGUCAGUGGAAUGGGCGGAGCGGGUAUCAUGGCGAUGGGAUCAAUUAUCAUACUAGACGUCGUACCAAAGCGAGACCUAGCUGCUUGGAGAGCAAUUGUCAAUAUCUCAAUGACUCUGGGUCGAAGCAUCGGCGGCCCAAUCGGAGGAUGGCUCACUGAUACCAUUGGAUGGCGCUGGGUCUUCCUAACCCAAGCUCCCCUCCUCGGCGUCGCCGCAAUUCUCGUGACAAUCUUCCUCCGCUUCACACCAAAGUCAAAAAGCAGCACAAACAAAGAUUCAACCCCUUCAAUCCGCCGCGUCGAUAUCCCCGGCUGUCUCCUCCUAGCCACGAGCGUCGUCUCAUUCACCCUCCUAAUCGACCGAGGCGGAAAAGCAUUUUCCUGGACCUCCCACUAUGCCCUCCUCCUCGCAGCCUCAGGACUCACCUUCCUGACAACAUUCAUCUACUACGAACACUCCGUGGCCCCAGAGCCAAUUUUCAGUCUGGCCAUUCUCCGUCUCCCAAACGUUUCAACAUGCUACCUAAUCGGCAUGCUACAAAUUGCCGCCCAAUCAAGCAUGAUGUACACUGUUCCCCUAUACUUCCAAGUGACCGCAAACGUUCCCGCCGCCGUAGCAGGCACUCAUCUCGUUCCGUCCGUCGUGGGAAAUGCAAUCGGCGGCCUGAUUGCGGGGUGGUUUAUUCGACGCACAGGACAUUAUAAACCUGUUCUGUUCAUUGCUGGCCUCGUGGCAUCUAUCUCGUACUUGUUGCUUUAUCUGCGCUGGAAUGGGAAUACUUCUGUUUGGGAAUCGUUGUAUAUUGUCCCUGGUGGUAUUGGGACUGCGUUUGCAUCCGCUGCUUCGUUUGUGGCUUUGACGGCUUUUUGUGAUCCGGAUGAGGUUAUUAUGGCUACUGGUGGUUAUAUGCUUGUUUUCUCGAUUGCCAUGACGGCGGGUGUUACGACGACGAAUUCCAUUUUGACGUCGAUGUUUAAGUGGAAUAUGCUUCGUGAUCUCACGGUGCCGAAUGCAGAUAAGAUCAUUCGUCACUCUUUGGAAAAUUCGCACUAUAUCUCCGGACUUACUGGGGAAGUUCGAGAAAUUGUGGUCAAGAGUUACGUGGGUGGAUUGCGUUCAACAUACCGUAAGUCUUUCAAUUUUUCUCUCAUGGGACCCGUCUAA